AUGGAUACAACCAUCCAGGUCGACGCUUUGGUGGUUGGAGCCGGCCUCAGCGGCAUUUCCAUGCUGUACAGGUUACGCAAGUUGGGACUGAAGGCCAAAGUCCUAGAAGCUGGUGCCAACCUUGGUGGCGUGUGGCAUUGGAACAGAUACCCAGGUGCCAGAGUUGAUUCAGAAUGGCCAUAUUAUCAACUUAGUAUUCCCGAAUUCUAUGAGAAUUUCGACUUUACGGAGCGAUUCCCCAGUGCCGAAGAGCUGCGCAGGUACAUGCAGCACAUCGACAAAACGCUUGACCUUAAAAGAGACAUUGUUUUCAAUCAAGAAGUGAUCGAUCUGCGAUGGAACGAGACUGAAAAUCAAUGGUUGACCACCACUAAGGAAGGCAUCACUGCUCGAUCCAAGUACAUCGUUCUAUGCACAGGACCAUUACAUCGAAGACAUGUGCCAGCCUUUCCAGGCUUAGAAGCAUACAAGGGCGACCUUCACCAUACUGCAUUCUGGCCAGACGAUAUCAAUGUCACAGGCAAACGGGUAGCGCUUAUUGGUGCUGGCGCUACGGGGAUCCAGGUCGCACAAGCCCUCGCGAAGCAGGCUAAAGAGUUGACAGUCUUCAUGCGUCGGCCUAGCUACUGUUUGCCGAUGGGGCAACGCAAGCUCAGUCUCGAGGACCAACAACAGACUAAGGCGCGAUUCGAGACUCUCUUCCAGACCAGUCGUAAAUCUUAUGCAGGAUUUCCCGGAGCUAUGCACAGCCAAGGCGUUUUCGAUGUCUCUGCGGAAGAACGCGAAAGGCUGUAUGAAGAACUCUGGGGAAAGGGUGGCUUCGCCUUUGUCGUCAGCAAUUUUAACAACUGGGCAUUUGACAAGACGGCGAACAGAUCUCUUUACGAUUUUUGGGCGAAAAAGACCCGACAGAGGAUGAACAAUGCGAGGAAAAGGGACAUCUUAGUUCCUGUCGAACCGCCGUUCUGGUUUGGAACGAAACGAUGCCCGCUAGAGCAAGAUUAUUAUGAAUCUAUGGAUCGGAACAACGUUAGCAUUGUGGACUUGAAGGACACGCCGAUCAAGACCUUCAACGAGAAAGGUUUGUUACUCGACAACAACGAACAGCAGGAUUGUGAUAUUGUCAUUAUGGCAACAGGAUUCGACUCUUUCACUGGAUCCUUGACCAGCAUCGGUCUUAAAAACCGCGAUGGGGUAGACCUCGAGCAGGUAUGGCGAGAUGGUAUCAAAACCUAUCUAGGGGUAUCAAUGCCGGGAUUUCCCAAUGCGUUUGCUGUUUACACGCCACAAGCUCCCGCGGCUCUCGCCAACGGGCCAACCUUGAUAGAGACGCAGAGUGAUUUCGUCGCAUCGGCUAUCGAGAAGCUCGAGGCAGAGGGUGCUAAGCACAUCGAAGCAACCAAUGAGGCCGCUGAUUCAUGGGAUCGGAUGAUUGAGGCAAUGAAUGCUCCAACUCUGUUCCCUUUGACCAAUUCUUGGUGGAACACUUCGAAUGUUCCGGGCAAGAAGACUCAAAAUGUCACACAUCUUGGGGGCAUUAAGAUGUACGAAGAUCAGAUCAAGGACACAUUGCAAGGUUGGAAAGGCUUCCUCGUGACUCUAAGGGAUGGACAUCAAUCGAAUGAUGUGAAUGGAGUGGAUGUAUAG